GACUUGAGAAAGCAAAACAAAACUACAAAACAGGGACAAGAAGACACACACAAGAUCACUCUACUCUAUGGAAAUGAACUCUCCACACGAAAAGGCGGUGAAAGCUAUCCUUUAUGGCCAUAGCUGCGCCAUGACGUUGAAGAGGCGGCUCGACCAUUCAAAAAUGGCUGAGGCCGGACCGGUUUCAAGUUACGAACUUGCUAAAUCGAUCGUCGAUUGUUUCUCCAAUGCCAUUUCAAUCUUAUCCGAUAAACCGAAAUCCGAAGAUGAUCAGUUCUCUGUUUUAUCUUCAAGGGAUUCUUCUCCUCUUCCUCCUCCACAGGGCAGCCCAUCUAAGAAAAGAAAGAUUGAUAAUACCAAUUCAAGUGCAAACUGGAGAGACGAUUCACCGGAUCCGAUUUACUUCGACGGUUAUCUUUGGAGGAAAUAUGGCCAAAAGUGCAUUAAAAAAUCUGAGCACCAAAGGAGCUACUAUAGAUGUUCUUACAACAUAGAUCAUAACUGUGGAGCAAGAAAGCAUGAACAAAAGAUCAAAGACAACCCUCCGGUUUACCGAACCACUUACUUUGGCCACCACACUUGCAAAACCAAUCAUAAUCUUGAUGCCAUUUUUACUUCCGUUCAAGAACCCCUAGAUGAUUCGAAAAGUGCACAAAUGAUCCAUUUCGGAGUGAAAGAUCUCAAAAAGGAAAGCCCCUCAAAUGGUUUCUCCUUGUCGGUUAAGCAUGAAGAAGAUAUCAUCAUCAGCGAACAAAACAUGGAUCAGUACCGUGAGACAACCAGUACUAUUAAUGACCAAGAUUGUCAACAUGUUCUAUCGUCACCAUCAGGUUCUUACCCUCCUUCAUCGUCAUCAGGCAGUGAAAGUGCUGAGUUUGAUCCAGAUUUGUUAUUUGACAAUCUCGACUCGUGGGAUCGUUAUGAUCAGUUUUACUUUUGAGAUAUUGUGCUAAGAUUUUAUCAGCUAACUAUUUUGUAAAAUGUUUUAUUUGAGAGUUGUGGCUAUUUGUGUUGUUGAAUAGUUUUGUCGAGCAGGCGUAGAAUAUUAUGUACAAAUGAACACUGUUUUCUUUGGCUGUCCUUGCCUCGUCCAAUCAAAAGGAAACAUCAAGCAUGAAUUAAUGUUAUAA